UCUGUGGAUUUCAUUAUGGGGCAUGUUUCCACCAUUAAAGAGAAUAUAUUACCCAGCACAGUCGACCAUUCAGGGCUAUUUCCUUAUAAACAAAUUCACCUCCAUACCGUGCAAAUGAUGUGCAUGACUGCAGCCACGAUACACUUCUGUCCAUCACCAGGCAAAGCCUGCAUAAGUAAUUUGACUGGCCUGACAGAUCCUUGAUCAGUCCUCAACAAAAUAGCUACAAAAAAAAUACGUGGACAGGGAAGUUUAACUAAAUACAGUUUCCUUAUUUAGGCAUAUAGCACAUAUGGUAUUAUUCUGUUGCCUUUUGCUGGUAGCUCUCUCUCCUUUUCUUUUUUUUUUCCCCUUACAUGCGUUUGUGCCUUUUGUUUUUAUUAGCUGAUUGGUUACCUAGCUCUGCUGUCAAUAAGAGUUAACGCCUCUUCUCGGCUGUGGUUAAAAGUCAUUGCGGAAGCAGAGGAAGCCUGUCAAGUAGCAGCAGACAAGCCAAGCUCAGGGGAAAGUGGCUUUAAUACAUAAAACAUAAAUGAGCAUCUCAUUACAAAAUACUUCCAGGAUUACGCUGAGCUCCAAACAUGAUAAUAGCAAAAGUUCCCUCCAAGCUGCAGUCACAGCCCUCGUCUCCGCAGCCGCGAUGCUCGUCGCCGUCUGUCCCCACCAGUAAGCUCAUCUCUCCCUCGCAGAAGCACAGCAAGAAAGCUCUAAAGCAGGCCUUGAAGCAGCAGCAGCAGAGAAACCAGCGCAGACAGGGAGGAAUGCCAGCCGCCUCCAGCCCUAGACUGCUUCUCAAGACCAUCAAAGAUAUGGCAGAUACAAUUACAACUAAGACGGACUUAUGUCACCCGGUCGUACCAAGGAAAGUUCCCCAGCGGUCUGGUCGCCUCAAUGCAGGGCAGAUAAAACGUGCCAAGUAUAAAAUAGACGUAGAGACUCCAGACUCUAUUCUGGUUAACACCAACCUCCGGGCGAUCAUCAACAAGCACACCUUCUCCGUCCUGCCGCCGGAUUGCCAACAGAGGCUGCUUAAACUUCUGCCCGAAGUUGACCGCCAGGCUUGCUUGGACGGCCUCCUCAAGGUCACCAGCUCCGCCUUAAACAAUGAGUUCUUCACAUCAGCAGCGCAGUCUUGGAAGGAGAGGCUCGCCGAGGGCGAGUUCACUCCUGAGCUGCAGCUCCGAAUGCGGCAGGAAAUCGAGAAGGAGAAGAAAGUUGAGCAAUGGAAGGAAGCGUUCUUUGAGAACUAUUACGGGGAAAAUUCGGGGCUCAGCAACGAGGAAUCCAAAGAGCUGACAAAGGCUGAUCUGAACCAGGAGCCUGCCAGGCCCCAGUCUCCCCGUCAUCAGCCUGUCACUCAAGCACCAGAGGAAACCAGGUGCACCAAGGACAGCAGCCAGACAGAUGCUGCUGCUGCUGCUGCUGCUGCUGCUGCUGCUAAAGACGUGAAACCAACACAGAAACCAUCCCAGGAGGCUCUGAAGGCGCCACCUGCUCAAAAAGAGUUCGUCCCGACAACCGAGCCCAUGAAGACGCGCCGCUCCCAGUACGCCGAGGAUCGCAGGUUGAACGCGGUCGCUCAGUCCGUACCCGCGCCCGCAGCGAGGACGCCGGAGGUCGAGAGGCAGGCUGAAUGGAGCGCAGCAGCGUGUAGACCGGAUGAGAAGGAGCAUAAGGAGGAGAAAGCCGAGCUCCCUCCGUCGCCUGCGAAGAAGAGCCCUCCACCAAAGCUGAGUGCGGACUUGAAAGAGGAUCAGCCAGCGUCUGUGGUUAAGCCGGCUGUGGUGGAGAGCCAAGAGGUCAUCUCUGAGCCCGGUGGCCCCACAGAUCCGCUCAAAAGGAGGUCCCUCAGUGAGACGGAGGGUGAGCUGACACCAGAGAAGAGGCCCCGCAUGUCCUCCGUGUCCUCGGUGUCUUCGGUCUCGUCGGUGUCUCCCUCGACGUCGUCCAUAUCCAGCCCCGCUACGCCGACUUCAGCAGCCAAUCAGAGGGUUCCACCACUUAAGAUUCCAGUGUCACGGAUUCGUUCCGUUCCUGUGUCGCCGAGCCAAGUCUCCCCGAGGACCCCCCUCCCGUCCCCGCUCAGCAGCCCGGGCCGAACCGGAGCCCGAACUUUGGCUGACAUCAAAGCCAAAGCUCAACUAGCUCGAGCGCAGCGAGCGGCGGCAGCCGCUGGGUCAUCUGCUUCGAAGGGGGCGGCGCCAGGGCCAGGUGGUGGCAGUGGUGAGCAGCCACAGCCAUCACCCAGCCCCAGCCCGACAUCCCCGCAGGCAUCAACCAGGCUGCCGGUCACCAGCAGCGGCAGCAGCAGCAGCAGCAGCAGCAGUCAGAGCACAACACCUUCUCCUGGUCCGGUGGACGCUUUCAGUCAGCAUAGCCCAAACCAGCCUCAAAUGUCUUUCUCAAGCAAUACUGACAACAAACACAAAGGUCAUUCUGCUGGCGGCGUCGGCACCGGAUCCCAGAGUUCAUCAGCGCAACCCUCAUCCGUGCACGCGACGAAGGAACAGGAAAACCCAUCGGCCGCCGGGUCCUUGACGAGACCCAGCUCCUGCAUCCCCGCAAACAACCCGCUGGUCACCCAGCUUCUCCAGGGCAAAGAGGUCCCGCUGGAGCAGAUCCUCCCGAAGCCGCUUUACAAGGUGGAAGUGAAGAUGUCGAACCCGCCCUCAGGCAGUAAAGCGAAGGCGUCGCAUGCUGCCGAGCACAGAGCUGAUAGGCAGAUGUCACAGCAGUUCAACGCGGCGGGACGAGCUGGGGUUUUGUCCGAAUACACGAAACAUCACAGGGAGCUUCCCGACAAGGAGACUCAGGAGCAGAUCCUGCAGGCUCUGAUGCAGAGGAAAGUCCAGCAGAGCCAGCCUUACGGAGCCAUGGGGCCUCAGCAGCAGCACCAGUACAAAGUGCAUCAGCUGAUGCAGGCAGAAGAGCGUCAGGACCAGUCGCGGAUUUCUGUGGGUUUUUUGGGUCGCAAGAGGAAUCCCAGACCCGCCAUGACGGGACACUACCUGCUCAAUGUGUCCACUUACGGGAGAGGACCAGAGAGCAAGAGACUGCACCUGUCCGUCAUUCCGAACACUUCUGUAUCCGGUUUAAAAAGGGAAAGCACAGAAGGAGAGGAGGCGGCGGCGGCGGCGAGGGAAGAAGAACCAGCCAGGAAAGGUUUCUUACCCAUUUGUGGAGUGAAAACAGAGCAGCAAGGGUACUCGAUAACCAAGUCUGACGAAGCAGCGAGCUUUCAGCACUGCCCCAGCGUAAAGACUGAGCCUGGAUCAGUGGAGAACGCGGCCGGCGGCGACACCGCGACCGGCGCAACAGCCAAAGACACCAGCCCUUCCUCUCAGUCGCACCGACGGCACCUCGAACUCUGCAAUAGGAAUCAAGGAAACUCCGAGCCAUAUCUUUCCCACGCGGACCCCACUCACCAGCGGCCGACUGCCUUCCAGCCCCAGAGGACACUCGAUAAUCAGGAACCAGUGGUGGCGUCAUGCUACGGCGGCACCAUCAGCAUGUCCGUACCUCACACUUUGAACCACAGCACUGCGAGCACCGGCUCUUCCACCGCCUCGUCGGAGGCCGACGGCGGCGGCGUCCACGGGAGCGUCAUGUCUUUCUCGGUGACCGUCACCACCAUCCCCGCCGGUCACUCCUUAGACCACGGCGGCCAGGGCGAGCCCUCGCCCGAACAGUCCUUCAUCGAGGGCUCCAACAUGGAGGACGUCCAGUCUAAAUGCUACUGCCGACUGAAGGCGAUGAUCAUGUGCAAAGGGUGCGGAGCCUUUUGCCACGAUGACUGUAUCGGCCCCUCGAAACUGUGCGUCUCGUGUCUAGUGGUACGAUGAUACGAAACUAUUAAUAACUACAGAGUUUGAUUUAUAUUUACAGAGGCAAAAAAGCAGGCCAUUUAGAAUCAGUAGAAAGAGAGCGAAAGCGGCCAGCAGCUGGCGGGUUUGUCGGAAAAAGGCAAAGAUUUGCACUGGACGCUCUAGUUUUUCCACCAACAUCUGAGAAAAGUUGUCUUGUGCGAUGACGUGUCGUAGAAAUGCCAAUCCAUUUUCAAUCACAUUCGUAGAUCUGUCAGAUAAUGUUGAGAAAUCUAAAAAUCUGGCAUCGUUUGCACUUGGCUAGAUUAGUGUGAUAUAUUUUUUUAAAUAUAUAUAAAUAUAUGUGUGAGUGUAGUUUUUUUUUUUUUAAAAAAAGGAGGGAAAAUGAAUGUUGCUAUUUUUUUAGAACAUAACGACUGUUGUUGUUGCUUUAGACUGACACUUUUUAUUAUUGGGCCUAAUCGGGUUAAAGGUAAAGACACAAAAAAAUAAAAAAGGGCGGUAAUGAUAAUCAUUGGUCGUAGAGUACCUCCUGUUUGGCAUUCAUGCACGCGUGGCAAGGAAGUGCAACUUACGUUAACUAUUUUAUACAAAACUGUUCAUUUAUUACUGAACACACUCAGAUUUAAAAACUAAAAAAAAUAUGUUUAGUUUUAGCUGAAAACAAAUAUAUAUGUAUAAGAUGAUUUAUAUAUAUAUAUAUAUAAAUCAAAUCGAGAGAAUUGCACAGUUUUUUUUUUUUUGUUGUUGUUUUUUUUAAUAACAGUUACGGAGCAAAGCACUUGAAACCCACCUGGACAAGAGGUAGUAACUGUGUACAGCACUUAAAUUGAAACAUAGGGAAAACAAAAAUCUUUUUCCUUUAUAUAUAUAUAUAUAUAAAUGCAUAUAUAUAUUCCUUUUGGUAAUCUUUUCCAUUUCAGGUGACGGUCUCGAGUCACUGCCUACUGUCUAAACCUACAUUUUGUUCCUCAGUAACCUGGUUUGUAGAUAUAUUCUCCCUUGAAGUGGUUUUCUCCUGUUCACAUCUGUAUAGAAAGAUCAACAGUUUCAAACAAUAAUAAUAAUAAUUUAAAACAAAAAAACAAAAGGAAACACUCAAGACAAGGGGAGAAAAUGAAGACUUUUUUUUUCCACUGUAAAUAUUUGCUCGUGUAUGGUAUUUGCCUAGAUGUAGAAAUUUAUUUUAUUUGUGCAGCACACCUUGCUUGAGCACAUCUUUUUCUUUUUUCUUUUUUUUUUCUUUUGCAAACCUAAUUUUUACCAUGGAAAGAAAAUAGAGAAAAAGUAAUUUAUGCUAAAAAUGUUUUAUUAAGGAAUGAUUGAGCCAAGCGUGCUUCGGUUUUUACAAAAUGAUUUGGAGGUACAUCACAACGCGUCGCUGAUCAAUUGGCAACUUUUUAAAUGGCCUUCUUCCAAGGAAUCAAAGAGAGAUUUCCUCCUCACUGAUGUGGAACGAAGAUCACCGUGUUUGAAUAAAUGUGAUGCACGGCACACCGGUGCUGUGAGGUACAACCUUUUUAAGCACAUGAUGAUCAUUUUAACACAAUAUCAGUGCUUAACCACGUUAACGUGUAAAAAAAAAAAAAAAAGGCCAGUGUGAAGUGUCGCCUCAGCAGCUUUUUCGAGUGUUUACGUCGGCUACAGAUUAAAGACGCAUCGACUAUAUUUUGGGAACUCCUGCAGGUGCAAAACAGGCCUGUUUUAUAGCAAUUAUUUCUAAGGUAAUAUGCCAAAGUCACCUUUAAGAAAACUAAAAUGAUCAGAAGAAGUUGUUUUUAAUGUCUUGACUAGUUAAUCAAAGUAAUAUAUUUUAAUUAAUAUAUUUUAAUAUAAAAGAUCUAUUUGCUAAUUGUUUUUGACAAAUCAAACAGGGUAUUUACUAAGAUAAUAUAUCGGGCUGUCCGUUUGUUCCUGUGAUUUUGUUGAGACUGGACAGACCUCCAUACAGAAUAACUUUAUAUUUCAAAUUGCCCAGGUAUCAGAUAUUCUGUAUGGCCCAGGUUUAUUAUUUUUUUUCUUUCUUUCUUUUUCAAAACAAUCUGUCGGUCUAUAUUUUUCCAUGACGAUGUUGUCUAACGUGUGUAUCCGUUUAUAGUUGUCUGCAGCUGUGUCAUGACUUUAUAGAGACAAGAAUCUUUUCAAAGCACCAUUUUUAAAUCCGUGGAUUCGUCCCGAGUCCAUUUUUAAAUGUCAUUAAAUCCGGUAAUUAAAUUAUGUGUUUAUGGAAAACUGAAUAUAAGAGUAGAGCUAGAACGCUGGAGGGUUUCCACAUAUUUAGAGUAGACGUUUAACUAAAAACUGGUUUGAUUUCGUUAACACAAAUUCAGUUUAUCCCCGUUGAUUGUGAUGUUAGGUAUUUACUCACGUAGAGUUGGGGAAGUGAUUGUACUGCAAAAGCAAAGCAAAAUACAUGGAAUCACAAUCACUAAUGGCAGCUGAAAUCUUUGUUGAUAAAGACUGAAUCAUGAUUCACGCAGAAGUCCCCACUGUUACCAAGGUUACCUGUUUGUGUGCAUUUUAAUAGAGCAGUUCAUAUAGAUUUGGCCAGGAGGAAGACGGGGGGGGGGGCUCACCGCCAUUUUUAAAAUGUCUCGUUCGGCACUAGGUGAAUUUGUUUAAUAUGUCUGUGUCUUUUUGUCUCCUUUCAAACUCCAGGUGAAUGUAAUAUAGUAAUCAGCACUUGUAAACAAAGUGUAUUUUAUCAAAAGUUAUAGACUAUUAUGAAUAAAUAAUGAAAAUAUAAAAAAAAAUAU